AUGGGUAAAAUGGUCUCAGCAGUGGCCAAACCCUUUGCCAUGACCCAGAGAUCAGGCUUACCUAGUCAACACCACAUCACCCAAAACAUUUACCUCAAACUCAUGGCCUAUACAAAGAAUAAGAAAAAGGCAAUAGCCCUUCCAGUAUCCUCUCCUAAUGGUCCAAAAACCCGAAGAGGACACCAUGGUGUCAACAAGCAGUUUGAAAAGUUGCAAACUUAUCUGGGUAGUGGGAUGAGAGAGGAAAGACUUGAAUGGAUUGACUCUUUACACCGCGAGUUUCAUUAUUCAAAGGGCCUCAGUGACUCCCAGAGGCUACAUCAUUGGACAAGAAACACGUCGAGCAGUGCCAUGCAAGAGCAAUACCCCCAUGGUUUCACUACAUCCCAGCUCCUGAUUUUUGAUCCCCCCAACUCCUUUUCCAUCACCCCCCCUGAAGAACAUGAGGAGGCCCAAAUGCAAACUCCUAAGGCACUUGAGGCACUGAAGGCCAUUGACAAGCUGCUGACCACAGUUCAGAACCACAUGAUGCCCAAGAUAACUGCUAUUCUUGGCAGAUACGCUCCCAAACAACUGGAGCAUCAGUGCAGGAUGAGCUCAUCAAAAGGCCAGCUUUGGACUUUCUUGGAGCUUUUUUUUGCAUUUGCUAUUAAGGAGGGUAUGACCUUAGGAGACUGGGAGGGUGGUUAUCUCGUGCUUCCAUGGGAGGGCCUGGAGUGGCGCAUCCCUAUCCACCCAGGGGAUGUGUUUGGUUUCAUGGCACACACACUGCAUACUAGUACCAUGACCAAGCUACUAGAAGCCUUGUUACUGACUCCUAUGCUUCAAGUUGAACCCUUGAACACAUUCAACUCCACCAUCAACAAGAUUGCAGAUUUAAGCGCUCUACAGCACUCUGUAAUGUAUUACAUUUUCCUGAUGAGGAAUGGGUGUGGAUGGAUAGAUUCAAAGCAUGUGUCAUCUUCGCAUGGCAUUUUCAACCUCUCCCCAUCUCAAAAUCUGCACACCUUCACCCCCAUCUCUGACAUGCUGCAGUUGCAUCAUGGCACUGUUGUCGAGAUGCUUUAG